AAAGAGAACCAACCACGCGAGAGAAGAAGCAAAGGAGGGGGAGGAGAAUAAGCCAACGAGGUGUCUGCCUUGGACUGAUUCUUAGAGAUCGCAUCUCUCUCUCUCUCUUUCGCAAUGUGUGGGUAAGGGAGGCAACAAAGCAAGAAAAACAAGGCAGGCAAACAAAGAAAGUUGGUGAAAACAAAGUGGAGAAGAGAAGAAGACGUUCUCUCUCUCCCUCUCUCUUUCAGAUUUUCGUCCCAUUAUUAUUUCGAUUCCCCUUCUCUCUCUCUCUCUUCACCUCUCUUUAUCUUUCCUGUCCCAUUUCUUCUUCUUCAUUGAAGAGUCCGCCUUGUUUCGGGGCUUCUCUUUCUCUCAUGCUCCUGGUGUGUGCACGUUAAUUAACCUGCCCCCACAUCGCUUCAUAUUCUCUUCACUGCCACCUUUUCCUCUUCUCUUUAAUAUAUAUAUACCUAUCUAUCUUCGUCUUCUUCCUUCAUUACCUUCUACAAUGGCUGUUCAAGCCCAAUACCCAUCUAAUGUUUUACUUCUCAACAGAAACGGGCAGGAUCAGAAGAACUUGAUUGGGAACGAUUAUAGCUUGCAGCCACAACUGAGUGGAUUCCUUGAUCAGUCCCAUAUGUUUUUCAACAAUGGAGUGGUGGCUAACCCACGCAAGAGGGGCCGAGAAACUGUUGCUACUGCGUCAGCCACAGCACAAAUCAAUCUAUUCUCUCUGCAAUCUCAGCCUCAACCAACUCUUGUAAACCUCUCUCAACUCCAUAAUCAACAACCCAACAUCGUCUCCACCGGACUCCGUUUGGCUUUCGGAGAACAACAAUUACAACAACAACAACAACAGGAACAGCUACAACAACAACAACAUCAACGGCAACAACAACAGCAACAGCCACAGCAGCAGCAGCAGCAGCAGAGUUGCUUCCCUUCCUCUUACAGUACUACUCUUACAUCCUUCUUAUCAGAGGAGCUUGCUCCCCAAAUCAAACAACAGAGAGAUGAAAUCGAGCAAUUCCUUCAAGCCCAGGGAGAGCAGUUGAGGCGCACAUUAGCAGAAAGAAGGCAGAGGCAUUACCGUGCGCUAUUGGGCGCAGCAGAAGAAUCAGCAUCAAGAAGACUCAGAGAGAAAGACGCAGAGGUUGAAAAAGCAGUUCGCCUAAACGCCGAGUUAGAACAACGAGUCGCACAACUCAGAGUGGAGGCUCAGGUAUGGGAAGCCAAGGCGAGAGCACAAGAGGCGACGGCGGCGACGCUGCAGGCACAGCUACAGCAGGCUAUGAUGGGAGGAGUGGCAGAGAAUAAUAGGGCGGAUGACGGUGAGUCUGGUGGUUGUUGUGAGGGACACGCGGAAGACGCCGAGUCGGCUCACAUUGACCCGGACCGUGUCGUGGAGUCGUUGUCGUCGUGUGGACCGAUGUGUAAAGCUUGCUGGAAACGAGCAGCCUCGGUGGUGUUGAUGCCGUGUAGACAUCUCUGCGUGUGUACGGGCUGUGAUGCAGCCGUGGAUGUAUGUCCUCUCUGUUACUGUCCUCGAAGUGACAGCGUUGAAGUCUUCCUCUCCUAAAGCCCAAUGGGCCCCAGGCCCAGGACCAGUACAGAGAAAACCAUAAAAGAAAAAUAGAUUAAUUUAAAUAAAAAAAUUUAAAAGUGGAAAUCUAUAGUGUGGUUCAACUGGGUUCCUCUCCUUUUCCUCUUCAAAACUCAAUUUUCUUCAUUUUCCCUUUCUUUUUUUUUUUUUUAAUCCUAACAUUUAAUGUACAUUGGGUGAUGCCAUUUUUUUCUCUUUAUUUUGCUAAAAUUAUAGACUUAUAAAUUCUUUCAUUAUACUUCA